CGUUCUCUUACAGUGUAAAUCCACCUUGUGCGUUGAGAUCCUGUACAGAUUGACCUGGUCGCAUUCCAUACCUAAUCCGCACUAUUGUAAAAUGUAAAUAUCCCAUAUUGUCUAAUAAGCCCAAUUCCUAUUACCUCAUUUAAAUCCUUGACCACUCAAGAAAUCAGCCACAUCCAGUCCUCCACAACCUCCACAACCCUCCAUAACCAACAUCAUCCCAUAAUGUCACAAAUUCAGCCGGUUCAGGUGCAACAGAACGGCGAUGAGCCCCACGCCAGGCCGGUUCUCCCCAGCGGAGUGACCAUCAAUGGAGACAGACGCCAGGUCAAAAACAGGUUCGGGUGGGUCAGACGAUUGAUGCAAGGCCAGAGCAGGCAGAGUGGGUCGUUGGUGGCCCGUAGUAGCGACGCUGUGGCCCGCCCCAAGGCUAGAACCCACAAAUCCCAAGUUGGUAACUCCAACAGCAUCGAAGAGCAGCCAGCAGAAAGGAGGCGGAAGCACUCAGCUGGUAGUUUGCCAUCGUUCGAUAGUGACUUCGCAGAAGUACGCAGCGACAGCGACCAGACAACGGGCUCCGACAACAUAAGUACCACACCCCUCAAGUCGAUUGUGUCUGCCCAGUCCACCAAAUCGCCAUCCAUCUUGAGCAACGUAAACAAUGACCAGAACUCGCUCAAUGCCUCGACCGCAGAGACCUCCAUCGCACCCAGCGUCACCACCAACUACGUGGCUUCGGGCCAGCCCCCUGCCUUGCAUAGCCUACAGGACCGCGAUAGCGAGUCCAUCGUCACCUUGGCUAGUUCAUCCAGGCGCAUACGGAGACGGAGCAUCGACACAAACUGCAGCACUGCGGGGAUACCCCCUGCUUCCAUCAUGGAACGUCUUUCCGUGCAGCCUACUACCGCAAACAGCACCUACGCCGUGAGUGUCCGGACGAGCCAGCUCGACCCAUCCCAGUCAAGCAUGUACGACUCGACCGACCAGACCAGUUCCGUUCGCAGCGUGGACUAGAUCAACAUUGUACUAUAAUGGCCCUGCCAGUGUGAAUUAGCAAUAAAUAUCUGAAACGAUAUAUCUAUGACAGAAUGCAAUUGGUAACGAAAAUGGACACCUGAUCGCUGUGAGGUAUAACUCAGAGGACGUUUGCAAGGGAGGUGUAAGAAGUUCAAUAGUGGAGUGCCAGAAAUAGAUAGAAGCAAGUAAAAAAGAACUUUAAGUCUACAAUUACCAGCAACGAGCAAGUGAACCAAAUCUUCUUCGGAGUUAGCAAAGGGCCAUCGUUCCAGAUGUGAUUCGGAAAGUCAAGACCAGGGGCUCAUGCUCCAUGGGUCUGUCGGCUAAGACUUCAGGACAUCACGAGUCUGUUGGCAAAUAAAUAUGUUGCAAUAUAUGUAAUGAUCUCAUGCCAUCCAAAGGAAUCCAUUGAAAGCACUACCAACUCUGUGGUGGUGCUAAAGCAUCACUGGAUGGUAGGUGUGUAAAUUUCCGCA